AUGCCAAGUCCACAGAAGAUUACUACUGAAGAUCUAGUACGAGCAGAAAAUGGUAGUUACCUCUUUAAUAAUCGAUCCUACUCAACAGCAUCAGAGACAUUAAAUGCUUAUAUCGAAAAAUAUACUGGAUAUACUAUCAGUGAUGCUUCUGCAGAUUACCAUCGCUUAACAUCGGUUUUAUUAGCAUCGACGCCAGUAAGGCAAAAACCAACCGUCGAAAAAAAAUAUAAAAACACAGAAAUAAAUCCCAAAAUACCAAGAGAUCAUAAUUCUAUCAAUGGAUCAGCAAUAGUUCAGGCGAAACUGAAAUUUCAACAGCUUUCUCAAGUUAAUCAAGAUACAGAAUUUCUACCCACCAAUGUGAGAAGAGGGUUAAAUUACCAGCAGAAUCUGAAAGCAGAUGCAAUCGUAGAUAAUUUGCUUUAUCGUAACGAUUUCAAUUCGGAGGGUGUCAAUCAAUCUUCAAAUUUAACCAUUAAUCAAUCUAAGCCUCAUUUGAAGAAUCAACCUGUCGGUACUCAUUUUAAUAAAGUUAAGUUUGAAGCACCUAUGAAUGAUUAUUACCGUAAUAAAUCAAACAAAAAGAACUGGACAGAAAAAGACUGGAUAAAGUAUUGGUCAUCUCAAGCUCAAUCAAAUCAUAUGGAUGUUAAUCAAAGUAUGCCAUCAUUGUCGUCAUUACCAUCCCCUGAAAAUACAGAUGUAGAUAAUGAUGAUAUUACUAGCAAUGCAACAUCCGACGUUGAUGUUGGCCAACUGAUUGAUAUGUAUCGUGAUAGCUUAAGAAAGAAUAAAAUAAAGAAUGAUGAAAAUAAAAGAUUUAUAAGACAAAUGAGAUUUCGCUAUGGAUCACCAGAGCUUAAAUCAAAUCCUUCUCGUCUAGUAUACGAGAGUAAUUCGCGUGCAAUGCGAAAUAAUCAGUUUCAAAACCAGCCACCACAAUACAUAGACAUCAGUAAAUCGUUGUCCAACAACCAAGAUGAAAAGAUCCCUAAACUAAACGACCAAUACCAUAACGGCAAGGAGAAUGUUAAAAUCAUGGAAAAAGAACGUUAUCAUGAUCUGGAAUCGGUGAAAACUGAUGAAUUGCUAUUAUACUCUCCAAAUGGAAUUCCAAGUGAAAGAGAAAAGGCAAAUAUGCGAGCCAAAUAUAAUUAUCAUCAUCUAUAUGAUAAAAUAGCAAAGCUAAAGAAAAUUGCUGAACCUACAAUAAAUGAUGAUAUUGAAAGCACUGUUACAGAUCAACUGCUGCGCAAAUCCCCGAUGCCUUACAUCUCAGUUAGCCCAACACCCUCCGAUUUUACCUUAGAAGGUCAUGAUCGUACAGCAAUAUCGAAUCAUUCAAAUCAGCAUUAUCGCACCGUUAGGCCUCGAAGUCCUAUUCGAUCUCCUAGACAUAUUACUGAUACUCAAGCAAAAGGGUACUAUAACGAAAAGCGAACGCCGCGAAUUAAAAAUAACAAUGAUAAGAAAUCGAAUGGUACGGGUCAUUUCGAUCAAUCUCUCGAAUUCAAGAAGCACAAACAAGAUUUAACGAAUGAGCCAAGACCUAUCGAAACACUUAAACAAAUGAUUUUCAAUGUUCAAGCUGCUGCGAGUGAAAGUGACGAUGUUUCAGACUGUGGAGCAUUAAUAUUUAGCAAAGGCGAUGUACACGAAGCACAUAAUGAUCGUGGUAAAAUGGCGAUAAAUGAUCCUUUACAAAGAGCAAUUCAUCAUUUGGCUCGUUUGAAGGCAUUUGUACAUAAUGAAAAUAGCAAUUGA